AUGAAGCUCCUGAUUGAGACUGCUGUUCUUUUUGUCUUUGUGCUUGGACCAAAGGAAACGGACUCCCAGUUUCUUGCGCCUCUUCUAGGAGGAGGAGGAGGUGCAGGAAGAGGAGCAGGCCCUUUCCCGUUUAACUUCUUGAACAAGCUUAUUGCGCCUCUAGGAGGAGGAGGAGGAGGAAGAAUUGGUGUUCAGCUCUAUGGUCAUCAACCCUAUGGUCCUCAGGGUAAUAGUCCUCAGCCCUAUGACAACGGUCCUCCUCAGCACGAUGGUCCUCAUAACUAUGGCAGUCCAGCUGACUUGUUAAAGAGCCUUUCGCUUUUGAGGAACAUUUUGGAAAUAAUUAAACCACAAGAGGGUGGCCAAGGCAAUGGUGGUAGUGCUGGCUACAAUGCUGGUUCUGGUGUUUCUGGCUACAAUGGUCAGGCCUCAGGUGGCCAGGGUGGCCAAGUCUAUGGUGGUGGUUCUGGCUACAAUAGUCAGGGCUCAGGUGGCCAGGCUGGCCAAGGUCCUAAUGGCUUUGGUUCUAGUGGGUCAGGGUAUGAUCGUCAGGGCUCUGGAGGCCAAGGUGGCCAAGUCUAUGGUGGUGGUCCUGGCUACAGUGGUGGUCCUGGUGCUUCUGGCUACAAUGGCCAGGGCUCACAUGGCCAGGGUAGCCAAGUAUAUGGUGGUGGUCCUGGCUAUAAUGGUGGUUCUGGUUCUGGUGCUUCUGGCUACAAUGGUCAGGGCUCACAUGGCCAGGGUGGCCAAGGCUUUGGUGGCGGUUCUGGCUACAAUGGUGGUUCUGGCUAUAAUGGUCAGGGCUCAGGUGGCCAGGGUGGCCAAGGCUAUGGUGGUGGUCCUGGCUACAAUGGUGGUUCUGGCUACAAUGGUCAGGGCUCAGGUGGCCAGGGUGGCCAAGCCUAUGGUGGUGGUUCUGGCUACAAUGGCGGUUCUGGUUCUAGUACUUCUGGCUACAAUGGUCAGGGCGCAGGUGGCCAGGCUGGCCAGGGUCCUAAUGGUUUUGGUUCUAGUGGUUCAAGCUAUGAUCGUCAGGGUCAAGGUAGCCAAGGCUAUGGUGGUGGUCCUGGCUACAAUGGUGGUUCUGGUUCUGGAGUUUAUGGCUACAAUGGUCAGGGCUCAGGUGGGCAGGGAGGCCAAGGCUAUCAUGGUGGUUCUGGCUACAAUGGUGGUUCUGAUUCUGGCGCUUCUGACUACAAUGGUCAGGGCUCAGGUGGGCAGGGUCACCAAACAUAUGGCGGUGGUUCUGACUAUAACAGUGGUUCUGGUUCAAGUACUUCUGGCUACAAUGCUCAGGGCUCUAGUGGCCGGGGUGGCCAAGGCUAUGGUGGUGGUAGUGGUUACAAUGGUGGUUCUGGUUCUAGUGCUUCUGGCUACAAUGGUCAGGGCUCUGGUGGCCAGGCUGGCCAAGGUCCUAAUGGUUUUGGUUCUAGUGGUUCAAGCAAUGAUCGUCAGGGCUCUGGAGGCCAAGGUGGCCAAGGCUAUGGUGGUGGUGCUGGCUACAAUGGUGGUUCUGGUUCAGGUGCUUCUGGCUACAAUGAUCAGAGCUCAGGUGGCCAAGGUGGCCAAGGCUAUGGUGGUGGUGGUGGUUACAAUGGUGGUUCUGGUUCUAGUGCUUCUGGCUACAAUGGUCAGGGCUCUGGUGGCCAGGCUGGCCAAGGUCCUAAUGGUUUUGGUUCUAGUGGUUCAAGCAAUGAUCGUCAGGGCUCUGGAGGCCAAGGUGGCCAAGGCUAUGGUGGUGGUGCUGGCUACAAUGGUGGUUCUGGUUCAGGUGCUUCUGGCUACAAUGAUCAGAGCUCAGGUGGCCAAGGUGGCCAAGGCUAUGGUGGUGGUGGUGGUUACAAUGGUGGUUCUGGUUCUAGUGCUUCUGGCUACAAUGGUCAGGGCUCUGGUGGCCAGGCUGGCCAAGGUCCUAAUGGUUUUGGUUCUAGUGGUUCAAGCAAUGAUCGUCAGGGCUCUGGAGGCCAAGGUGGCCAAGGCUAUGGUGGUGGUGCUGGCUACAAUGGUGGUUCUGGUUCAGGUGCUUCUGGCUACAAUGAUCAGAGCUCAGGUGGCCAAGGUGGCCAAGGCUAUGGUGGUGGUGGUGGUUACAAUGGUGGUUCUGGUUCUAGUGCUUCUGGCUACAAUGGUCAGGGCUCUGGUGGCCAGGCUGGCCAAGGUCCUAAUGGUUUUGGUUCUAGUGGUUCAAGCAAUGAUCGUCAGGGCUCUGGAGGCCAAGGUGGCCAAGGCUAUGGUGGUGGUGCUGGCUACAAUGGUGGUUCUGGUUCAGGUGCUUCUGGCUACAAUGAUCAGAGCUCAGGUGGCCAAGGUGGCCAAGGCUAUGGUGGCGGUGGUUCUGGCUACAGUGGUGGUUCUGGUACUUCUGCCUACAACGGUCAGGACUCAGGUGGCCAAGGUGACCCAGGCUAUGGAAAUGGUUCUGGUUCUAGGACUUCUGGCUACAAUGCUCAGGGUUAUGGUGGCCGGGGUGACCAAGGCUACAAUGGGAGUUCUGGUACUUCUGGCUACAAUGGUCAGAGCUCAGGUGGCCAAGCUGGCCAAGGUCCUAAUGGUUUUGAUUCUAGUGGUUCAGGCUAUGAUCAUCAGGGCUCUGGAGGCCAAGGUGGCCAAGGCUAUGGUGGUGGUUCUGGCUACAAUGGUGGUUCUGGUACUUCUGCCUACAACGGUCAGGACUCAGGUGGCCAAGCUGGCCAAGGUCCUAAUGGUUUUGGUCCUAGUGGUUCAGGCUAUGAUCAUAAGGGCUCUGGAGGCCAAGGUGACCAAGGCUAUGGAAAUGGUUCUGGUUCUAGGACUUCUGGCUACAACGCUCAGGGUUAUGGUGGCCAGGGUGACCAAGUCUACGGCGGUGGUUCUGGUUCUGCCUCCAGUGGUGAUACUGGCAGUUCUGGCUCCAAUGGGCAGGGCUACGGUGGUCAGCCUAGCCAAGGUUCUAAUGCCUCUGUUUCCCGGGGUCCAGGCGAUGAUCGUCAGGAGAAUAGUGGCCAGGUUGGCCCAGGUUACAGAAAUUCUGCUUCUAGUGGUUCGAGCUAUGAUGGUCAGGGCUACAAUAGCCAGCCUCCUCCAGAAGAACGUAAAUAUGAAACUCAGGAGCCUCCUCAAGCCAGACCAGAAAAUGAGCCUACAAGGCCUUCUUCACCAGAAAAUCAACCUCAGAGAGAACCAGAAAGUGAACCUCAGAAGCCUUCUUCACGGGAAUCAGAAGAAUCUCAGGGUGGCCAAGGUAAUGGUGGUGGUGCUGGCAACAAUGGUGGUUCUGGCUACAAUGGUCAGUGGUCACGUGGCCAGGGUGGCCAAGGUAAUGGUGGUGGUGCUGGCAACAAUGGUGGUUCUGGCUACAAUGGUCAGUGGUCACGUGGCCAGGGUCGCCAAGGCUAUGGUGGUGGUUCUGGCUAUAAUGGUGGUUCUGGUACUGCUGGCAACAAUGGUCAGGGCUCAGGUGGCUGGGGUGGCCAAGGAUAUGGUGGUGGUGCUGGCAACAAUGGUGGUUCUGGCUACAAUGGUCAGUGGUCACGUGGCCAGGGUGGCCAAGGUUAUGGUGGUGGCAACAAUGGUGGUUCUGGCUACAAUGGUCAGUGGUCACGUGGCCAGGGUGGCGAAGGUUAUGGUGGUGGCAACAAUGGGGGUUCUGGCUACAAUGGUCAGUGGUCACGUGGCCAGGGAGGCCAAGGCAGCGGCAGCAGCAGUGGUAAUGGCUACAAUGGUGGUGCUGCCAACAAUGGUCAGGGCACAGAUUUCCGGGGUAGCCAAGGUUAUGGUGGUGGCAACAAUGGUGGUUCUGGCUACAAUGGUCAGUGGUCACGUGGCCAGGGAGGCCAAGGCAGCGGCGGCGGCAGUGGUAAUGGCUACAAUGGUGGUUCUGCCAACAAUGGUCAGGGCUCAGAUUUCCGGGGAGGCCAAGGCAGCGGCAGCAGCAGUGGUAAUGGCUACAAUGGUGGUGGUGCCAACAAUGGUCAGGGCACAGAUUUCCGGGGAGGCCAAGGCAGCGGCAGCAGCAGUGGUAAUGGCUACAAUGGUGGUGCUGCCAACAAUGGUCAGGGCACAGAUUUCCGGGGAGGCCAAGGCAGCGGCGGCAGCAGUGGUAAUGGCUACAAUGGUGGUUCUGCCAACAAUGGUCAGGGCUCAUAUUUCCGGGGUGACCAAGGUUAUGGUGCUGGCAACAAUGGUGGUUCUGGCUACAAUGGUCAGUGGUCACGUGGCCAGGGAGGCCAAGGCAGCGGCGGCAGCAGUGGUAAUGGCUACAAUGGUGGUGCUGCCAACAAUGGUCAGGGCACAGAUUUCCGGGGAGGCCAAGGCAGCGGCAGCAGCAGUGGUAAUGGCUACAAUGGUGGUGCUGCCAACAAUGGUCAGGGCACAGAUUUCCGGGGAGGCCAAGGCAGCGGCGGCAGCAGUGGUAAUGGCUACAGUGGUGGUUCUGCCAACAAUGGUCAGGGCUCAGAUUUCCGGGGAGGUCAAGGCAGCGGCGGCAGCAGUGGUAAUGGCUACAAUCGUGAUGCUGCCAACAAUGGUCAGGGCACAGAUUUACGGGGAGGCCAAGGCAGCGGCAGCAGCAGUGGUAAUGGCUACAAUGGUGGUGCUGCCAACAAUGGUCAGGGCACAGAUUUCCGGGGAGGCCAAGGCAGCGGCGGCAGCAGUGGUAAUGGCUACAAUGGUGGUGCUUCCAACAAUGGUCAGGGCACAGAUUUACGGGGAGGCCAAGGCAGCGGCAGCAGCAGUGGUAAUGGCUACAAUGGUGGUGCUUCCAACAAUGGUCAGGGCACAGAUUUCCGGGGAGGCCAAGGCAGCGGCAGCAGCAGUGGUAAUGGCUACAAUGGUGGUGCUGCCAACAAUGGUCAGGGCACAGAUUUCCUGGGAGGCCAAGGCAGCGGCAGCAGCAGUGGUAAUGGCUACAAUGGUGGUGCUGCCAACAAUGGUCAGGGCACAGAUUUCCGGGGAGGCCAAGGCAGCGGCAGCAGCAGUGGUAAUGGCUACAAUGGUGGUGCUGCCAACAAUGGUCAGGGCACAGAUUUCCGGGGAGGCCAAGGCAGCGGCAGCAGCAGUGGUAAUGGCUACAAUGGUGGUGCUGCCAACAAUGGUCAGGGCACAGAUUUCCUGAGAGGCCAAGGCAGCGGCGGCAGCAGUGGUAAUGGCUACAAUGGUGGUGCUGCCAACAAUGGUCAGGUCACAGAUUUGCGGGGGGACCAAGGCAGCGGCACCAGCAGUGCUAAUGGAUAUAAUGGUGGUGCUGCCAACAAUGGUCAGGGCACAGAUUUCCGGGGAGGCCAAGGCAGCGGCAGCAGCAGUGGUAAUGGCUACAAUGGUGGUGCUGCCAACAAUGGUCAGGGCACAGAUUUCUGGGGGGGCCAAGGCAGCCGUGGUGGUAGUAAUGGCUACAAUCGUAGUUCUGCCUACAAUGGUCAGGGCACAGAUUUCCGGGGGGGCCAAGGCAGCCGUGGUGGUAGUAAUGGCUACAAUCGUAGUUCUGCCUACAAUGGUCAGGACACAGAUUUCUGGGGGGGCCAAGGCGGCCGUGGUGGUAGUAAUGGCUACAAUCGUAGUUCUGCCUACAAUGGUCAGGGCACAGAUUUCUGGGGGGGCCAAGGUGGCCGUGGUGGUAGUAAUGGCUACAAUCGUAGUUCUGCCUACAAUGGUCAGGGCACAGAUUUCUGGGGGGGCCAAGGCGGUCAAGGUGGUAGUAAUGGCUUCAAUCGUAGUUCUGGUCAGGGCACAGGUUUCUGGAGGGGCCAAGGUGGCCGUGGUGGUAGUAAUGGCUACAAUCGUAGUUCUGCCUAUAAUGUUCAGGGCACAGAUUUCUGGGGGGGCCAAGGCGGUCAAGGUGGUAUUAAUGGCUUCAAUCGUAGUUCUGGUCAGGGCACAGGUUUCUGGGGGGGCCAAGGUGGCCGUGGUGGUAGUAAUGGCUACAAUCGUAGUUCUGCCUACAAUGGUCAGGGCACAGAUUUCUGGGGGGGCCAAGGCGGUCAAGGUGGUAGUAAUGGCUUCAAUCGUAGUUCUGGUCAGGGCACAGGUUUCUGGAGGAGCCAAGGUAGCCGUGGUGGUAGUAAUGGCUACAAUCGUAGUUCUGCCUACAAUGGUCAGGGCACAGAUUUCUGGGGGGGCCAAGGCGGUCAAGGUGGUAGUAAUGGCUUCAAUCGUAGUUCUGAUCAGGGCACAGGUUUCUGGAGGGGCCAAGGUGGCCGUGGUGGUAGUAAUGGCUACAAUCGUAGUUCUGCCUAUAAUGUUCAGGGCACAGAUUUCUGGGGGGGCCAAGGCGGUCAAGGUGGUAUUAAUGGCUUCAAUCGUAGUUCUGGUCAGGGCACAGGUUUCUGGGGGGGCCAAGGUGGCCGUGGUGGUAGUAAUGGCUACAAUCGUAGUUCUGCCUACAAUGGUCAGGGCACAGAUUUCUGGGGGGGCCAAGGCGGUCAAGGUGGUAGUAAUGGCUUCAAUCGUAGUUCUGGUCAGGGCACAGGUUUCUGGAGGAGCCAAGGUAGCCGUGGUGGUAGUAAUGGCUACAAUCGUAGUUCUGCCUACAAUGGUCAGGGCACAGAUUUCUGGGGGGGCCAAGGCGGUCAAGGUGGUAGUAAUGGCUUCAAUCGUAGUUCUGGUCAGGGCACAGGUUUCUGGAGGGGCCAAGGUGGCCGUGGUGGUAGUAAUGGCUACAAUCGUAGUUCUGCCUACAAUGUUCAGGGCUACAAUCGUAGUUCUGCCUACAAUGAUCAGGGCACAGCUUUCCGGAAUGAAAUGGACCAGAUGAAAAUUCUUGGAUACAAACUGGCACUUGAAGCCAAGCUGAAAGUGAGUAUAGCAAAUCCUCUGUGCGCUGUGGCUGAUCGAUAUAUACACUUGAUCUUAGCCAAAAGGCUGAGAAGCCAAAAGGCCGAGGCUGCUCGAUAUUGUUACGCCAAAACUGCCAUCAAGGAAAUAAAACUGAAAUCUUUGGAGCAACUGCAGGUUGAUACUGCAAAACUUGCGCUGAUACAGCUGAACGCUGAUGUCAACAAUGGGAAGAAAGCACAAGAACUCUUGACCGCUGUCCAGACAACUGCAGCUUUUAAGAUCAUCAAUUACAUUGCACAGCAAGAGCUGAACCAGUUGAAAACUAUCAUCACCAAUGGGGCGGAACUCAGCAUAGCAGAACUGACGAAAGCACAAGAACUCUUGAAGGUGAGUAUAGCAAAUCCUUUGUUCGCUGGUUGA